UGAGACGCAUCUUCAAACAACAAAAGAUUAACAAAGCGGCAGGCCCGGACCAUGUGUCCCCAUCCUGCCUCAAAGCCUGCGCGGACCAGCUCGCUCCAGUCUUCACUCAGAUCUUCAACAGAUCUUUGGAAAUGUGCGAAGUUCCAUCCUGUUUCAAACGCUCCACCAUCAUUCCAGUCCCCAAGAAACCUGAAAUCUCUGGUCUGAAUGACUACAGGCCUGUCGCUUUGACAUCUGUGGUCAUGAAGUCCUUUGAACGUCUCGUGCUGGACCACCUCAAGAGUGUCACAGGUCCCCUGCUGGACCCCCUGCAGUUUGCCUACCAAGCGAACAAACAGGUCUGCAGAUGAUGCAGUCAACAUGGGACUGCACUUCAUCCUAGAACACCUCGACAGUGCAGGGACCUACGCGAGGAUCCUGUUCGUGGACUUCAGCUCAGCGUUAAACACCAUCAUCCCUGAACUCCUUUCAACCAAGCUUCUCCAGCUCAGCGUCUCACCUGCCAUCUGCCAGUGGAUUUACAGCUUUCUGACGGGCAGGACACAGCAGGUCAGGCUGGGGGAGGCCACCUCAUCCACACGCAGCAUCAGCACUGGGGCGCCCCAAGGUUGUGUCCUCUCUCCGCUGCUCUUCUCUCUCUACACGAACGACUGCACCUCAGCGAACCCGACUGUCAAACUCCUGAAGUUUGCAGAUGACACCACUGUCAUCAAGGACGGUGACGAGUCUGCAUAUCGACAGGAAGUGGAGCGGCUGGAGCUGUGGUGUGGCCAACACAACCUGGAGCUGAACACGCUCAAGACUGUAGAGAUGAUCGUGGACUUCAGGAGGCAUCCUUCGCCAGCUGCCAUGUGUCAACCGUCGAGCCCUUCAAGUUCCCGGGAAUUACAAUCUCUCAGGACCUGAAGUGGGCGACCAACAUCAACUCCGUCCUCAAAAAGGCACAGCAGAGGAUGUACUUCCUGCGGCUUCUGAGAAAGCACGGCCUGCCACCGGAGCUGCUGAGACAGUUCUACACAGCGGUCAUCGAAUCAGUCCUGUGUUCUUCCAUCACAGUCUGGUUUGGUGCUGCUACAAAAAAGGGACAAACUCCGACUGCAACGGACAAUCAAAACUGCUGAAAGGAUUGUCGGUACCCAUCUACCCACCAUUGAGGACUUGCACGCUGCCAGAACUAAGACAAGGGCGUGCAAAAUCCUCUCGGACCGUCUGCAUCCCGGUCACCGGCUCUUCCGGCUCCUUCCCUCAGAGAGCAGCAAGGGGAGUGAACUGACUCAAUUGACUUGACAUUGUGAGUCUGUGAGCCACACUCACUUUGGUUUACCUAGCGAGUGACAAGAUGUCACUUCCUUUCGAUUGUUGUUGAACACACACCAACGCAUCACCGUACAAUUGGAGGUUUGAGCCCAGCGCAGCAGGCAUGUCAUGUGGGCCACGCGGAUUACAUCCUCUAAUCUGCCUGUCAUGAAAACCUCACCACAGAUGAAAAAAAAAGGAAGAUCAUGGAAUAACAAAUGGAUGGAAGCGUGUUGGAAAUAAGAUGGGAAAAGAAGAGAUAUUUCGGAAGACGCAGUGUCCCAUCUUCAGCCCGAUGUAGAGUUGAGUUGAGAAGACUGAGUGACAAACUGUCUGCCAUAGGUGGUGCUGAAGAGCAUGGAUGAGUCAGGCACCAGGAAGAAGCCCCCUUGGCCCCACUUGGACAUCCCAUUCAUCCAGCUGACAACUGCAGACACACCCAUCCUCCAGGGGCCACUAAAACGCCAGCGCAGUGUCAGCAUUCCGGGACCAAACCUUCAGGCCUGCAUGGCUGCCUUUGAUACAUCCAAAAACCACCUCAAACCUCCUCUGGAGACAGUGCCCUCCUUCACAUCAUCCAAGGGUGAGAAAAAAGUGCACUUUGAGCGAGUCAACACAAUUCCCCCUAAAGGCCGACGAUGCCCCAGGAGCGUUUCCACCGUCCGAAGGCGGUCCUGCACCCCCAAAAUACUGACUCGACGACGCUCGUCUAUUCCGAAACAGAUUAUCAGGGGUACAGCGGACUGGUUUGGUGUGGGCAAAGAUAGCGACAGUGGCCAGCGAUGGAGGAGGAAGAGCCUGCAGCACUGCAGCCAUCUCUACGGGGGCCUAAAGGCUCAGGUGACCAGGGGCAUGGAGCUGCCCAGCCAGGACAACCUCUCCCUGGCCAGCACUGAGACCCCUCCUCCCCUCUACCUCCCAUCCCACCACCCUAGUCACCAUCACUAUGGCAUACAGAGGAUUGUGGAUCCGCUGGCUCGUGGUCGCGCCUUCCGCACGGUGGAAGAGGGAGACGGCUUCGGUGUCCCACCGACUCCCGCCAACCCCUGCACGGCCUCCCUGUGCUCCUUUUCCAGCUCCCGCUCGGCCCUCAGCAGGUUGCCACGGCGACGCAAGCGGGAGUCCGUUGCCAUCAUGAGCCUCAAAGCUGCCGCGGCACUGAUGAAGGGCCGUGCAUUAGGUGAAGGAUCCACAGGGCGAUAUCGCAGGCGGAGUUUCCUGCCCCCCAGUUUCUUCGAGGAUGACACUGUAGACUUCCCUGAUGAUCUUGACACAUCUUUCUUCACUGGAGAGGGCCUGCCAGAUGAGCUCUCCAGCUACGCCGAUGAGGUUUUUGAGACGGCAUCGGAGACUGCGUGCCAGCAGCCGGAUGAGGGUGAGCUCACCGGAGGUGCGCUGGAUAGGAACGAACUGGAGAGGAGUCACCUGAUGCUGCCUUUAGAGCGAGGAUGGCGCAAAGCAAAAGACGGCUCACUCGUCCAACCCAAGGUGCGAGUGAAUCAAGUGGUGAGUCGGCAGCGUGGGCAAAGGAUCGCGGUGCCCGUGAAGAAGUUGUUCGCCCGAGAGAAGAGGCCCUACGGGCUCGGCAUGGUCGGCCGUCUUACCAACCGGACAUACCGAAAGCGCAUCGACAGCUUCGUCAAGAGACAGAUUGAAGACAUGGACGAUCACAGGCCUUUCUUCAGCUACUGGAUCACAUUCGUCCAUUUACUUAUCACCAUCCUGGCUGUCACCAUCCACGGCAUCGCUCCUGUGGGCUUCUCACAACAUGAAACUGUUGAUUCGGUGUUAAGGAACAAGGGUGUGUACGAAAAUGUGAAAUUUGUGCAACAACAAAAUUUCUGGAUUGGUCCAAGCUCAGCGCUGAUCCAUCUGGGAGCCAAGUUUUCCCCGUGCAUGCGUCAGGAUGGAGAGAUCCACAAGCUGGUGCAGGAGAAGAGGGCCAAAGAGAGAGAGUCGGGCUGCUGCGUGAGGAACGAUCGCUCGGGAUGUUUGCAGACUUUACAAGAGGAGUGCUCGACCACCUUGGCACUGUGGGUAAAAUGGCCUCAGCACCCCAGUGCUCCUUAUUUGAAUGGUAAACUACGCCAAUACGGUGCAGUCUGCCAUCAGGAUCCCAGAAUAUGUCAGGAGCCUGCCUCUGUUUCACCUCACGAGUGGCCUGAAGACAUCACCAAGUGGCCAGUUUGCACACGGUACAGUUUUGUGAACCACACCAACCUCCCCCACAUAGAUUGUACCAUCACGGGCCGGCCCUGCUGCAUCGGAACCAAAGGACGAUGUGAAAUCACUUCCAGAGAGUACUGUGACUUCAUGCACGGCUACUUCCAUGAAGAAGCCACUCUCUGCUCACAGGUGGCGUGCAUGGAUGACGUGUGCGGUCUCUUGCCUUUCCUCAACCCAGAGGUCCCAGACCAGUUUUCCCGACUGUGGCUCUCCGUCUUCCUUCAUGCUGGGAUCCUUCACUGCCUGGUGUCAGUGUUGUUCCAAAUGACAGUGCUUCGUGAUCUGGAGAAGCUGACCGGCUGGCUGCGGAUCUCCAUCAUUUACAUGCUCAGCGGCAUUACAGGCAACUUGGCGUCGGCCAUUUUUCUGCCCUACAGAGCGGAGGUGGGUCCUGCUGGCAGCCAGUUCGGCAUCUUGGCAUGUCUCUUCGUGGAACUCUUUCAGAGCUGGCAGAUCCUCGAGAGGCCGUGGCGAGCGUUCGGAAAGCUGCUCGGCAUCUCUGUCUUUUUCUUCUCCUUCGGUUUGCUUCCCUGGAUCGACAACUUUGCCCACAUUUGUGGUUUUGUCUCAGGAUUCUUCUUGUCCUUUGCCUUCUUGCCAUACAUCAGCUUUGGACGCUCCGACAUGUACCGCAAGAGGGUGCAGAUCUGUGUAUUCCUGCUGGUGUUCACAGCUCUGCUGUCGUCCCUGGGCAUCCUCUUUUACGUUUACCCCGUCAAGUGCGACUGGUGCGAGUACCUCACCUGCAUCCCCAUCACGGACAAACUCUGCGAGAAGUACGACCUAAACGCAAAUCUCCUUUGACCCACGUCGGCUGCUUUGGAUGCACCGUGCGCGCGUGGGCACUCGGGUUGCACCGCAGCAUGUUGGAAUGAAGAGGACGACUUCAUUUGGAGGUUCCAAUGGAAAAUGUGACCAUUGUCUCAAAGUGCUGUCCCACCAUGAAAAAGCAUUGAACCCAAAAGAGCUGAAGCACUUGAUUAAAAUGCUCUGAUUCACUGAUUUGUACGGUUUUGGCCAAUGACUCAAAUUUUCUGUUUUCAUUAUUUCAACUCCCAUCGCUUGUAAUGAGCAGUUUGAAACUUUUUGUCUUUUCUUUCCACAUUUCAAAAAUGACGAACAACAGGCUGAAAUGCCGAAGAAGUCACGUACCAAUAUUGUAAUUAUUGACAUGUUGCACACAUUUUUCCAAUAAAGAGUAUUUUUCUGUACACAACAGACCCAUGUUAAACAUUCUCUUCAGCAAAGUUGAGUCAUUGCCAUAUCAACCAUUUUCACCACCAUCAAUGUUACACUGACUCAACAGCAUCCCUUAGCGGCAAAUUUGAGCAUCACAAAAUGCCACCUGACCUGAAUAUUCUUUUCACCAAUCUCUCCUCAGGACAUAACCGUUCUGUUAUGAAAAUCUUAAAGUGCCUCAUUCUCCCAUGUGACGUCUACACUUUCUGAUGGCAUACUUCUGAAAUGUACACGAUAUUGCAUAUUGCUGACAAACAAUAGUAACAUACGUAAUCGUAAAUAACUAAAUGGUAAUAAUUCAAAUGAUUAGAAACGCCUCUAAGGAGAAUGCAGUGCAGUUCUACACGACUGCAAUUACAAUAAUCAACUCGUGUUUAAAUGACUAGCUCCCCACAGUGUCAACCGAAACUAAUACAUUCGAUAACAAUUCAAAACACAAAUUCAAAUUCAGUUCACACAAAAAUUCAAAACACACAACUAAUACAUACUAAUACAUCUGCGGCUCAGUCAAAGCUCACAUUAGUAUUUCAUUUUAGUGCAAUGAUUUCAAUUCCACCAAAGCUGUUUUUUGAGUUGGCCAAGAGUGGCCCAAAGGGAAGUCUUUUCUUUUGGCAGCGAUAAAGCAUCUAAAAAGUGGUGCCAGACACACUGCAGCCUGUUGAUUGGCUAAGAAAGAAUCAUCACUCCAAUUAAACAACAAGUAUUUUAAAAAAAAAAACAAAGACUAGCAAAUGCUGGAAGCUUUCCAUUGUUGUCCUUUGUUCUUCUUUUCAUGUGCCUUUUCUUUCUUGAAUUCAAUAGUGCUGCUAUAAUUUCAUAAUAUGUGAUGCAGCUAUCACUCUUUGUCUGCACAUUAUGGUUCCAUAUUUACCAUGGCCAGCCAAAGUGAAUAUUGUGUCGCAAGAGUUCACAACGGAAAAGUCUUCUCGUCAGAUGCAGAGAGAUUACAGUCACUGAAGACUCUAAAUUGUCCAUAGGUAG